AUGACGCAUAUCUCUUUAUUUCUAUAGUUAGGCUUUGUUUGGAUAAAUUUAUCUGCAAGUACUUAUUGGAAAAGGAAAUAAGAAGGUAAAAUAGACUGAACUUCUUUCAUAAAUUAAAAUUAAUUUCUGCACUUUAACUUUUAUAGAAGCUUUUUCAUAUAAUUUCUCGGAAAGUUAAAGUGUAUAAGAUGAUUUUAUUGUAAGAAAGAACUUCAAUUCAUUUACUUUCAUAUUUUAUUUUCCUAUAAGUAUUUAUUGAGAAAUUUAUCCAAACAUAAUCUUAAUACAUGAAAGACAAACCAAACUAAAUAAUUUGUAAGAAAUUUAUGACUUUACAUCUCAAAUCACAGGGUGACACUAAUUUAUAAGUGUAACAGAUCAUUGAAUAAUUCUGCUGGGAGCAUUCAUCUCAAAGACUGGAACAUUUGGAUCUUGAAUUGAAGGUGUUACUAAUAGGAGCAUGGCUCAGAGUCUGAAAGGUAUAAAAGGUGGAGGAGGAUCCAUCAAGCUAGGCACCACUGGAACAAUAAGUUCCUUAAUGACAAGGGAAUUGGAUCACAUCUCUUCUGCAUCAAAGAAGCAGGUAUCUUCAGCAAGAAGUAAAACUCAAACACUUCCUGUUUCUGUUCCCUGUGGUAGUACAACCCAAAAAAGACUACAACAAAGAAAAUCAUCAGUUGAAGCCGGUAGCAGUGGAAGCAGUAAAAUUACAAACCGUAGAGGACCUGGCAAUGUCAUGCCCCAGAAAACAAAAACUAAUGGCAGAAAUACACAGAGAAUACCCAUGCUAGGUUCUGAUAAAUGUUCAGUGGUCAGAACUUCAGUGAGGGAGAAAAAUGAUAAAAAGAUACCUAACAUUGUUGAAAUUGUGGACAUAAAAUGUGGGAAUGCAGAAAAGGCUUGGGCUACACCUUUGGCAAGUCGUCUUAAGAAGCUCGGUUUUUCGAAGCUAUCCGAGAGCAUUAUCUAGACCUGAAAUUUUUUUGUGUCAGACUUCAGGUUCCUGUAACUGAAGGCUGAGGUCCCAUUUGGCCUACCACUGUCUGAUACAUCCACCAUAGAACACAUACUUGGUAAAAGCUUGCUACUUCCUCGCUUUUUCUUUGUACUUUCUUCUACUUUAGAUACAAUUGUGGUUGUAGAACUUGUACUAAUGGAUGAACUCACCUCUGUGAUUUGGGACUUGUUCCUUUGUGAAUUGGAACCAAUUCUGCUGAAGUACUCAAUUUCUUGCAUUAUGAGUGAUGCAACUGUGCCUCUGGUUCCUAUUUCUACUGGGGGAAAUUCAGCCUUAUCUUUUGUGUCAUUUGAGUCAAGGGUAGUGGAUUUAUGCAUGCUCUUGUUGGUUGGUGUUGGGGAGAAAGCAAAAUCUUUUGAUUUAAGGGUGGUUUGUGGGUUUGUUCUAGAGGGGAAACUGCAGAGACUUUGAGGCAUUUCUUUUGUUACAGGAGAUUUGGUUUCACAAGAAUGCUUCACCUUAUGUUCUA